AUGAUGUGGCUCCGCACGAUCCCUCUGCAGGACAUCCCGCCCCGUGCCAUCACCCGUCCUCCGCCCUAUCACCUCACCCCGUCGUGGAAGCGGAGCUUGCUGGCACCGCGGAUGCCCUUCCCCCCCUCUCCCGCGACCGCGGGAGAGCUGGCAGCAGGCAAGCAUGCGCAGACGAAUGCAAUCAAGGGAGGAGAGACUAAGAAACGAUCGCCAGCAUUGCGCGUGCUCGCGACACCAAGUCAAGACCGGUUCACCGAUUUGUACGACCUCGGGCAGAAGCUGGGGUCGGGGCAGUUUGGGACGACGUACGUGUGUCGCGAGCGCUCGACGGGCAACAAGUACGCGUGCAAGUCGAUUCCCAAGAGCAAGCUGCUCACGGAGAAUGACGUUGAGGACGUGCGACGCGAGGUUGCCAUUCUCUACCACGUGCAGGGGCAGCCGAACAUCGUGAACAUGAAGGGCGCGUACGAGGAUCGCGACUACGUGCACAUCGUCAUGGAGCUCUGCACGGGCGGCGAGCUCUACGACACCAUCAUCGAACGCAUCGAGGCGCGCGGCGUCCCCUACUCCGAGCACGACGCGGCGGAGAUGGCGCGCGUGAUAGUGCGCGUGGUGGAGCGGUGCCACGCGCUGGGCAUCGUGCACCGCGACCUCAAGCCGGAGAACUUCCUGCUGUCGUCGCGCGACCCCGACACGGCGGAGCUAAAGGCGACGGAUUUCGGGCUGUCGUGCUUCUACAAGGGCGAGGGCAUGGCGCGCCACUGCGGCUCGCCCAUGUACAUGGCGCCCGAGGUCGUGCGCUGGCGCUCCGCCACGCAGCUCAUGGUGAAGCGCCCCGCCAAGUACGGCCCCGAGGUGGACAUCUGGAGCGCGGGCGUCAUCAUCUACGCGCUGCUCUGCGGCUUCCCGCCCUUCUACCACAGCAGCCAUUCGACGAAGGAGAUAUUCAAGGCGGUGCUGCGCGCUAACCCGUCCUUCUCCAUCCCGCCGUGGCCGUCCAUCUCCGACCAGGCCAAGGACCUCCUGCGCCAAAUGCUGCACCCCGACCCCGCCAAGCGCCCCUCCGCGCACGAAGUGCUCUGCCACCCGUGGCUGGCGGAGGCGGGCGUGGCGCAGACGGAGCCGCUGCCGCCCGUGGUGCUGACGCGGCUGAAGCAGUUCACAUCGAUGGUGAAGAUGAAGCGCAUGGCCAUGAAGGUGAUAGCGGAGGGGCUGAAGGAGGAGGAGAUCCGCGGGCUGCGCGAGCUGUUUGAGGCGAUGGACACGGACGGCAGCGGCACCAUCACCAUGACCGAGCUGCGUGAUGGGCUCAAGAAGUACGGCGCCAACCUCAGUGACGCUGAGAUCAGCAGAAUCAUGGAGGAGACGGACAUAGACCAGAGUGGGGAGAUAGAGUACGGGGAGUUCCUGGCGGCGACGCUGAAUUUGAGCAAGAUAGACAAGCAGGAGAACCUGCUCAAGGCGUUUGCCUUCUUUGACACGGAUGGCAGCGGCACCAUCACGCUGGACGAGCUGCAGAAGGCGUGUGAGCAGCUCAAGAUGUCCACCGCCGAGGUCGAGGCCAUGAUGCGCGAGGUCGACGAAAACAAGGUCUCGCGUCUCGCUAUCGGCCACUCGUCCCACCGCACCUCCGCGCGUCGCAUCGAUUGCAAUCCCGCAUUCGCGCCAUGUGCCAGCCACGCGCCCUUCUCCGCCGUUGCGCCAUCAGCAAUCAGGACCCGCCCGCUCCGCGCCAAUCAGAACAGUCGACGACCACAUUCGAGGCGGCUGAUCGUUCGUGCGACAGAAAGCGACGAGGGCGCAAUUGCACGCCGGGUGGAGGAAACGCAAGGCGGGGAGGCGAGCAGCAGGGGCGCUGGUGAUGGCGCAACGGGGGAAACCGCGGGUGAUAGUGGCGGAAAUGGUGCUCUUUCGGCGGGGACGGGUGUGAAUUCCGCGGAUGCGCUGGUCGUCGCGGAUAGUGCGCGAGGCGAGUCAGCAUCGUCGGUAUCGGGGGAAGAGGCAGCGGCGGCGUCGUCCCCCGGGUGGUGGAGCGGCGUGUGGGGCGCGGGGGGCUGGCAGAAGCGGUGGAGCAUCGUGGUGCUGUGCUUCUUCGCCUUCCUGCUCUGUAACAUGGACCGCGUGAACAUGAGCAUAGCGGUGCUGCCCAUGGCGGAGCAGUUCCAGUGGUCGCCCGCCACCGUGGGGCUCGUGCAGUCCUCCUUCUUCUGGGGCUACCUCCUCACGCAGGUGGCGGGGGGGGUGUGGGCGGACACGAUAGGCGGCAAGCAGGUGUUGGGAUUCGGGGUGGUGUGGUGGUCGCUCGCCACCGUCCUCACGCCCAUCGCCGCCUCCCUCGGCCUGCCCGCACUGCUCUUUGCGCGCGCCUGCAUGGGCGUCGGCGAGGGAGUGGCAAUGCCAGCGAUGAACAAUCUGCUGUCCAAGUGGGUGCCGGUGGGCGAGCGCAGUCGCUCCCUGGCGCUCGUGUACAGCGGCAUGUACCUGGGCAGUGUGGCGGGGCUGUCGCUGUCGCCCGCCAUCAUCCACGCCUUCGCCUGGCCCUCCGUCUUCUACUCCUUCGGCUCCCUCGGCCUCGUCUGGUUCGCCUGCUGGCAGAUCAAGGCGUUCAGCUCGCCCGCGGAGGACCCCAGUGUGUCACCCGCAGAGAGGGCGCUCAUAGCAGCCGGGGGCGCACAGAAGGGGCAGGGCGCGGGCAAGGCGCAUGAGGGGGGAGGGGGCCCGCACCUGGAGGGCAGUGAGCCGCUGCGGCUGUCGACGAUCCCGUGGCGGCUGCUGCUGAGCAAGGCGCCCGUGUGGGCCAUCAUCAUCUGCCACUUCUGCCACAACUGGGGCGUCUUCAUCCUCCUCACCUGGAUGCCCACCUACUACCAUGAUGUGUUGGGGUUCAACCUGACAGAGUCGGGGCUGUUUGCAGUGCUGCCGUGGCUCACCAUGGCCAUCGCCUCCAACGUCGGUGGAUGGAUCGCCGACACCCUCAUCGCCAGGGGCCUCUCCGUCACCCUCGUGCGCAAGGUGAUGCAGAGCAUCGGCUUCCUGGGACCGGCCAUCUGCCUCUCACUGCUCUCCACUGUCAAGUCGCCUGUGGCUGCCAUCGCCCUGCUCAUGCUCUCCCAGGGCACGGACGCCUUUUCCCAGUCGGGGCUCUACUCCAACCAUCAGGACAUCGGCCCGCGCUACGCGGGCAUUCUGCUGGGGCUGUCCAACAGUGCUGGUGUGCUGGCGGGGGUCUUCGGCACGUACGUCACGGGGCAGAUCCUUCAAAACGGGUCGUGGGACGAGGUGUUCACGGUGGCGGUGGCGCUGUACCUGGUGGGCACCGUUGUGUGGAACGUCUUCGCCACCGGGGAGAGGGUUAAAAACAUAGCGCUGCCAGGAGUGUCGUUGCUCCCCGGCACUCGCACGGGGGCGGGAGGAGCCGUUGUGCCCUCAUCACUGCCAGGAGGCGGAGGGCUGUUAUCGCUGCCAGGAGGAGCAGCACUCGGAGUCGGCGCCGAACCGAUCAUUGGUUCCGAGGCCGGAGCAGAGGCUGGGGCCGACCCUGGCGCUGCAGCAGGCUCGGAUGCUGGCGCUGGGGCAGGGGCGGGACCAGAAGGGGUGGCGGCAGCAGCAGGGACAGGAGCAGGACCCGAGGAGGAGGAGGGGGCAGGGGUGGGGGCGGCGGAAGGCGCUGAAGCUGGGGAGACCGAGGAACUGGGCGCGGCAGAGGGAGUCGGCGCGAGUGUGGGCGCGGACGCAGGGGCAGUGGCGGUGGGUGCCGGAGCCGGGGAAGGGACUGGCGCGGACGGCUGUUGCGAUAGAGUUGGUGGCGCGCCCAGAGCGAGCAGGAGCACCAGGAAGACGGCGGGGAGUGCGGAACCCAUCUCGGCUCAGUGGGGCGACGAGGAGGUGAGCCUCAGGAGUUGCGCUGAGUAUGAAUAA